AUGGACGCCUCUGAUUCCCCUCGUGUGGUAGCAAGCGAGACCACGCCUCUGUUUCCUACAGAGACCUUGAAGAAGCCUAAAACACCACUUCCAAAAUGCCAGAUAGGCAUACUUAUGAUGCUGCAACUUGCGGAACCCAUCGCUUCGACAUCUAUAUUCCCCUACAUCAAUCAGGAAUCUCUGUUUUUCGUCGCGCAGGCACUGACAGUGCUGAGGUGGAGUAGACUGUCUGACCGCAUUGGGCGCAAGCCCGUGUUGGUAAUUGGUCUCUCAGGUGUUGUCUUCAGCUCAAAAGAGAUACGCAAUGCUGAUAUGCUAGGUUUACCUAGCCGUUGCAUGUGCGGUCUUCUAAAUGGCAAUGUGGGAGUUAUGAAGACUAUGAUGGGAGAAUUAACGGACUCCACAAAUAUGGCUCAGGCAUUUGCCUUGUUCCCGAUUGUCUGGAGCCUUGGAGGCUUUGUCGGUCCUUUAAUAGGCGGAGCACUCGCGCGAACCGCAAGAUCAUUGGUCCGCAUUAUUCGCCAAUCCAUUUGGGGAAAAUACCCAUACUUUUCUGCCUUGCGCAGUGGCAGCCUGGCUCUUUUUCCGCUGUUCCUUUCGACACCUACAUAUCUUGGCGGCCUUGGAUUUUCUCCUUCGUCUAUUGGCUCGUGGCUGGCGUUUUUUGGAAUCAUGGAUGGCGUUUUUCAGGCAUUAUUCUUCGCCAAAAUUGUUGAUCGAUUUGGUCCAAAGCGUCUAUUCUGUAUAUCAGUGUCGUGCUUCGCACCAGUCAUGGUCAUGUUUCCGAUAAUGACAUGGCUUCUAGUUCUGAUGGUUGCAUGGGAUAUGGCCUUUGGGACUGUCUUCAUGUUUAUCACGGCCUCUGCUCCUACCAAUACUGUACUUGGCGCUAUUAAUGGUCUUGGCCAGACCUCUGCGUCAACGGCUCGUGCAGUCGGGCCCGCAUUGGCGACUUCGCUCUUUGCUGUAUCGAAGGAACGCAAUCUUCUUGCAGGAAAUGCCGUAUAUGUCGUUCUAAUUAUGCUGGCUGGCGUGUUGAGAUGGUUGGGGUCGCAGUUACCGGAUGAAGUACAAGAUAGGAAUGAGUGA